GAGGUCGGGAAAUCUGUAGGCGGGUAGCUUCCGCUGGCUGUAGAAGUAGCCUUGCUUCGUUUUCGGUUUUUACCAUCAUGGAGUUGGAAAAUUAUUUUGGUUUCGCGUCCAUGGAGUUGGAAUACUGUAUUUUAGGGCCCCUUAGUUGUCUGUGUUUGUGUUUUUUUGGUUUUAUUUUGUGGAUUUACUGGAUAGACAUUAUGGGACAGACUCAAACUACUCCUUUAAGCAUUAUGGUCUGUCAUUUUAAAGAGGUAGAGGAAAGAGCCAGCAACCUCAGUGCGGAGGUUCGGAAGGACCGGUGGCGGGCCUUUUGUUCCAGGGAGUGGCCGACUUUUAAUGUCGGGUGGCCGCCGGAGGGGACUUUCGAUCUCCCCACCAUCCGCCGGGUUAGGGAUAUCGUCUCCCAGCCCAAAGAGGGACAUCCUGGUCAACUCUCUUACAUUGUUACUUGGCAGGACCUCGUGGAAGAUCCACCAUCUUGGCUUAGGCCCUUCCUACCUCCACACCCUCCGGAGCCAGAACCCAUUUUUGCCUUGCAGGAAGCGGAGAAGAGGAAGGAGAAAAGAACCACCCUGCCGUCAGCUCCAGCUCCCCCCUACCCGGUUUUGCAGGGGGGAACUGAAGAAGAGUUAAUUUUUCCUCCCCCAUAUCAUUUCCACAGGAUGCCGGAGAGAUUUGAUCCUGCCCUGUGGCGGGAAGCUGACGCAGUUCCGGGAGUACCUGGGGGCGGAGUUCCGGGAGUGCCUGGGGGCGGGGUUCCGGGAGUGCCUGGGGGCGGAGUUCCGGGAGUGCCUGGGGACGCAGUUCCGGGAGUGCCUGGGGGCGGGGUUCUGGGAGUGGCCUCAGUUCCGGUUCCGGUAGGAGGCCCGCCUCUCACCCGGCAAAGAGCUCAGCGGGAACUGUCUGUCGCAGCCCCCGACUCCACUAUUAAGACCCCCGACUCCACUAUUAAGACCUUGCCCUUACGGGCCGCUGGACCCCCGGAUGCGAAUGGCAACCAGCCCCAUAUCUAUUGGCCUUUCUCAACUAGCGAUUUGUAUAACUGGAAGGCACAGAACCCUAAGUUCUCUGAAAAGCCGGGGAGACUUAUUGACUUGCUAGAUUCUGUUCUUUUCACCCAUCAGCCCACAUGGGACGACUGUCAGCAGCUUUUACAGGUUCUGUUCACAACGGAAGAGAGAGAAAGGAUCCUCAAUGAGGCCCGGAAGAUGGUUCCUGGUGUAGAUGGAAAUCCAACCACAAACCAGGCCCAGAUAGAUGUCUCUUUCCCUUUAACUAGGCCUGAAUGGGAUUUCAACAUGGCAGAAGGUAAGGAGAGGCUCUCGGUUUACCGCCAGACUCUAAUGGGAGGUCUCCGUAGGGCUGAUAGGAAGCCCACCAGUUUGACCAAGGUAGGGAACGUACAGCAGGGAAGAGAUGAGUCUCCAGCUGCCUUUCUAGAACGGAUCAUGGAGGCAUAUCGCACCUACACCCCCAUGGAUCCAGAAGCCCCUGAGAAUAAGGCAGCUGUAAUCAUGAGUUUUAUAAACCAGUCAGCCAUGGACAUUAGAAAAAAACUGCAGAGAAUAGAUAGAUUAGGAGAAAAGAGUUUACAGGAUUUACUGGCAGUGGCAGAGAAGGUGUUCAAUAACCGAGAGUCCCCUGAGGAUAGACGAGCCCGCGCCAUGGUGGCUGCCAGUGACAAGCAGACCCGAAACCUGGCCAAGAUUCUGCUAGCCACCACCACGGAGUCCCCUGAGGAGCGGACCCGCCGCCUUCGCCAGCUUGCUGAUGGCCAAGAAAGAGGUAAGGAAACUGCCCGGAGUGGGAAGAAAAAACUGCAACAGAACCAGUGUGCUUACUGCAAAGAGAUAGGGCACUGGGUCCGAGAAUGCCCAAAGAAGGCCGGUAAAAGGGGAAGCAAGACGGACCGGGUGGAGGUCUUGGAGCUGGAAGGACUGAGUGAUUAGGGGAGUCGGGGUUCGGACCCCCUCCCCGAGCCCAGGGUAACUCUUAGAGUGGAGGGGACCCCUGUUGACUUCCUUGUCGACACUGGAGCACAACAUUCGGUUCUCCGCACACCUCAGGGGAAGCUUGCUAAUAAAAAGUCCUGGGUGCAAGGGGCAACUGGCAUGAGCCAGUAUCCAUGGACUACCCGAAGAACAGUAGAUCUAGGAACGGGCCGGGUAUCCCAUUCCUUCAUGGUAAUACCGGAGUGCCCCUACCCCCUUUUAGGACGGGACUUGCUAACCAAGAUUGGAGCCCAAAUAACCUUCAGACAAGGGGGGCCUCAGGUUACCGAUAGCGAAGGCCACCCCAUCCAGGUUCUGACUCUGAGACUGGAGGAUGAAUAUCGCCUACACCAAGGGGCACCCCCAGUAGAGAACAAUAUAAAUAGAUGGCUGCAAGAAUUCCCCACAGCCUGGGCAGAGACGGGGGGAGUAGGACUGGCCGCCCACAGGGCCCCAACCCUGGUUGAGCUAAAACCAGGAGAAAGCCCAAUAAGAGUAAAACAGUACCCUAUGUCCCAGGAGGCUCGGAAGGGAAUCCAGCCUCACAUCCGGAGACUGCGAAGCCUAGGGGUACUGGUUCCAUGCCAAUCUGCCUGGAACACCCCCCUCCUGCCGGUCAGAAAGCCCCACACGAAUGAUUAUCGACCAGUCCAGGACCUCAGGGAAGUAAAUAAAAGGGUCCUGGAUAUACACCCAACCGUUCCCAACCCAUACACUCUCCUAAGCUCUCUGGCACCCUCUAGAGUCUGGUAUACCGUACUAGACUUGAAGGAUGCCUUUUUCAGCCUGCCGCUAGCGCCUCAAAGCCAACCCCUGUUUGCCUUCGAGUGGCACGACCCAGAGGAAGGCUACAGUGGACAAUUAACCUGGACGCGAUUGCCCCAAGGAUUCAAGAAUUCACCCACCAUCUUCGACGAGGCGCUGCAUGAAGACCUUGGUGAGUACAGGAGAGAGCACCCCAAUCUCACUCUCCUUCAGUACGUAGAUGACAUCCUGAUUGCUGCCGAUACCGCCAAAGAUUGUGAGCAAGGGACCAAAGAUCUGCUGGCCACCCUAGGGACCUUAGGGUACCGGGCCUCUGCGAAGAAGGCUCAGAUAUGCCAAAAGAGGGUGAGUUACCUGGGGUACAUACUGGAGGGCGGACAGCGGCGGUUGUCAGAUGCUAGAAAAGAGACAGUCUUGAAAAUCCCUGCUCCCACCUCCCGGAGGGAGGUGAGGGAGUUCCUAGGAUCGGCUGGCUAUUGCCGCCUCUGGAUACCAAGUUUUGCUGAGAUCGCCAGGCCCCUAUAUGAAGCCACCAAGGAGGGGAAGGCCUUUAAAUGGACUGAGACAGAAGAAAUGGCCUUUAAUCAGAUAAAGAAAGCUCUUUUGGCUACUCCAGCCCUGGGCCUACCAGACAUUACAAAACCCUUUCGCCUCUUUGUAGAUGAGCGCAAAGGAGUGGCAAAAGGGGUUUUAACCCAGGCUUUAGGCCCCUGGAGUCGCCCAGUGGCAUAUUUGUCUAAAAAGCUGGAUCCUGUAGCCGCUGGCUGGCCACCGUGCCUAAGAAUCAUUGCAGCAACCGCGCUCUUAGUCAAGGAUGCUGACAAACUGACCCUGGGGCAGGAGAUCUGGAUCACAACCCCGCAUGCCAUUGAAGGGAUCCUAAAACAGCCUCCUGAUAGAUGGAUGAGCAAUGCUCGCAUGACCCACUAUCAAAGCUUGCUGCUCAACCCCCCUAGAGUGCGGUUCCUUCCCAGUGCGGCCCUCAACCCUGCUACCCUGCUACCUGACCCUGACCUAGAUGCCCCACUACAUGACUGUGCGGGAAUCCUGGAGCAGGUACAUGGACUUCGGAAGGACUUGACCGAUCGGCCCCUCCCGGAUGCAGAGGCCACCUGGUUCACGGAUGGAAGCAGCUUCGUGCGGAACGGGUGCAGGUACGCAGGUGCGGCGGUGGUUGCCAACACGAACACUGUGUGGGCGGAGGCUCUGCCCCCUGGGACAUCAGCUCAGCGAGCAGAACUCAUUGCACUCACCAAGGCACUGACACUGGGGGCUGGAAAGCGGCUUAACGUUUACACAGACAGCCGUUAUGCAUUUGCUACAGCUCAUGUUCACGGGGCAAUCUACCAGGAGAGAGGGCUGUUGACAGCAGAGGGACGGACAAUAAAAAAUAAGCAGGAAAUCCUCGACCUGCUCUCAGCCUUAUGGCUUCCUGCCAAGUUAGCCAUAAUCCACUGCCAGGGACACCAAAAAGCCAAUGACCUGGUAGCUAAAGGCAACCAAAAGGCUGACGAGGCUGCAAAGGCAGUAGCCCUUACCUCGGUCCCUACCAUGGCCUUACAACUACCAGACCCAGGGGACCCAGUCCUACCAGACCAGCCCAAGUACUCCCAGGAGGAGUUGCAACGUAUCAAAAAGCUCCCUAAAGCCCAGGAAAUAAAGGGAUGGUGGCAUACACCAGAAGGAGAACUUAUACUGCCGGACUGGCUCGGGGACACGAUAUUAAAACAUAUGCACCAAUCCACUCACCUGGGAGCCCGGAAAAUGAAGGACUUAAUCCAACAUGCUAGGAUCAAAAUUCACCAGCAGAAUACCAAGAUAGACCAGGUUGUGUCAGCCUGCAAGACCUGUCAACUCACAAACGCAAGGGUUGGAUCAAAUAAAGAAGGAACCAGGCUCAGAGGCACCAAACCUGGAGCACAAUGGGAGGUCGACUUCACUGAAAUUAAACCAGGGAAGUAUGGUUAUAAAUAUCUUUUAGUAUUUAUAGAUACCUUCUCUGGCUGGGUAGAAGCAUACCCAACCAAGCGUGAAACAGCUCAGACGGUGGCCAAGAAGCUGCUGGAAGACAUCUUACCCAGGUAUGGUUUUCCUGCUAUGAUAGGAUCCGACAACGGGCCAGCCUUUAUUUCACAGGUAACACAGGUAGUAACCAGGGCUAUUGGGGCAAAUUGGAAACUGCAUUGUGCUUAUAGACCCCAGAGUUCAGGUCAGGUAGAAAGAAUGAAUAGAACUUUAAAAGAGACCCUUACCAAAUUAACCAUGGAGACUGGCGGGGACUGGGUGGCUCUCCUACCGUAUGCCCUUUACCGGGUAAGGAACUCCCCUUACACCCUGGGUUUUACUCCCUAUGAAAUCAUGUUUGGCAGGCCACCCCCUAUCAUUCCUAACCUUAAAGCUGACUUUCUCGCUGAAUUUGAAAAUCAAGAACUAUCUCUUUCCUUAAGAGGGCUCCAGAGGGCACACGAGGACAUUUGGCCACGCCUUCGCGCCAUCUAUGAGACCAGCCCAAUUCCAACUCCUCAUCAACACAGACCAGGAGAUUGGGUCUACGUCAAAAGGCAUCAUCAAGAAACUCUUGAGCCACGUUGGAAGGGUCCCUACACUGUGGUGCUAACGACCCCCACUGCUCUCAAGGUAGACGGCGUCGCGACCUGGAUCCAUCACACUCACGUCCGGUCAGCGGACCCAUCCACGGUCCAAAAAGACUUCAUCACCAAAUGGAACGUCGAAAGAGAUCAACGCAACCCACUGAAGCUCAAGCUACGGCGUGCUCCACCUGCCUGAUGCUGGUGACAUAACUCGCGAUUACUCCUGUCGCCAGGAGCCCCCACAAUAGACUUAGAUGAUGCCUGCAUCUGCAUGGACAUGGCUCCAAAGAGACAGGGACAAUUUAUAGAAAAAUCGGGGAUAGACUUUAGUAUCACAUGUUUAAUAGCGGAAGAUUUGGCUGCCUGAAAGCGGCCAUGAUGCCAGUAUUAUGUUUCAUUGUAUUAAUAUGUUACAUUAACCUUUAAUUCUCUUGCAGGUUUGAAUGUAUAGUGGUUGUCCUAAAAAAAGAACUGUGCAGGAUGACCCCCGAAAGUAAGGAGUGCCUAGCUGCCGAGAGGGCAGGUGCCCAACUGAACAGGGAAUGGUGCCCAUCAGGUUUUGGUCACUGUUGAGAGACAGUUGACAGUUGACAGCCUGUGUACUGCUUGCAGGCCUGCAUGACCAUGCCCAUGUCAGGGGUAGUAAAGCUAGAAAAAGCCUGGUUAGAAUAAAAAUCUAAAGCAUGGUUAUGCAUGAAAAGAAAUUAGCAAAGAAAAUCAGAAAAUCUUAGAAUAAAUCAAUAUAUUUUUCUUCUUAUAUAAUUCCUCCGAAAUCUAGCAAUACAUCUCUUUGCAUAAAUUCAAUAAGACCAGUUUCUAAUAAUGGUUUUCAGUUACCGUUCUUGUUGUAUUUAUGCAAACAUCAGAAUAGUAGAUAAAUUAAUCUCGAUUUGGCUUUUUAAUGGCCAUGGAGGAAUU